AUGAAAGUUGUCGAAGCGAAGAUUGUUGUUUUAGGCUCGCAAGGUGUGGGUAAAACGAGUCUGGUGGUACGGUACAUCGGCAAAAUGUUCUCGAAACACAUAUCCCCUACCAUCGGUGCGUCUUUCUUUACCUGCAACAUUAAUUUAGACGACGCGAGAAUUAAAUUACAGGUAUGGGACACGGCAGGCCAGGAACGUUUCAGAUCGAUGGCACCCAUGUACUACAGAAACGCGAACGCCGCCUUACUGGUGUUCGACAUAACCAGCGCGAACAGCUUUGCGUCCAUCAAGAGUUGGGUGAAAGAGUUACAGAGUAAUGUACCAGAAGCAAUGAUACUAUCGCUGGUGGGUAACAAGUCGGACCUAGAGUCCCACCGCGCGGUGACUGCCUCUGAGGCUUCGCAGUACGCCGCGUCAAUAGGCGCUGCCUACUGCGAGACUUCAGCCUUGCACGAUCAGGGCAUCGACCAGGUAUUCCUGAACACAGCAACGGAACUUCUCAAGCUGUCCUCUUCAAGCCUCGUGUCCUCAAUGCGCUCUUACGACUCGAACGACGACGACAGACUGCCCAUGGGUAUGCCUUCCGAAGAAAAGGCGACACAUACCGGCAAGAUAGAACUGCCCGCGUGGGACAAUGACGUGAAGCACGGCGAGCCGCAGAGGAGUUUGUGCUGC